AUGAUCCAUCAUUCACUGGUUCUCGUGUUUUGGUCAUUCACUGAACCACUUGUAGAUUCAAUUCCGUUCGUUCCGUUACCGCCAUAUUGGAUUCACCAGUGGUGGCGUUCAGACUUGUGGUUGGUGGCGCUCCGCGGCAAGUGACAGAUAAACGAAAGAAGUUCUAACUUCCAUCAACUAUGUGACAAGAAAGUGAAUUUAAUUGUUCAAUAUAUCAAAAACUAUAAAGUGGUAAACUUAUUGAUAUAACCAAACGAACUUUGUGUGUUUCAAACUUAUCCAUUCGUGACUUCGCCGACUCGAAAUGCAUGCAUUCCGCUGAGAUUGUUGAACUUAUGUUUUUUUUUCGUAAAGCCUUUUUGAUUCUUAUCAAGUAUUGUUUAUUGGGAUUAACCAUUGACUAUGAACUUGUAAUAUCUUUAAUCAAACUGUGUUGUGCUCUAACUUAAAUUUUACUUCGUAAAAGUCAGCUUUAAUAUUUACGAGGAUUGCCGAAAUAUUCAAGGCUUACCAGAUUGUUAAUUCCGGUUGCAUCAACGGAAAAAACCUUGGGGUUCGCAGCUGACUUUGCUCUGUCACUGACCGAAGCGUUUCACCUUAAAUUUGGCCUAUCAAUCGAAGACUGCACUUGUGUGAUGUGCCGGGUACACCACAGGGAAGUGCACUUGGAUGUUACCUGAGGUGAUCGGGUUUGAUGUCUGAAUGAGGCACCACGAUGAAGUUUUCGUCAGGUUCCAGCUCCAGCAGCCUCGCCAGCGACUCUUUGUCGCGAAAGUCGACUUUAUGUAUCUACACCGACGUGGUGGACGCUCCGGCACUGCAGCCACAUGUAGAAAGGAUGGAUAGCAGUUCUGAGGCGAUGGAGUUACGACGGGAACUUGACGCUGUGAGGAGUGCGCUGCAGCAGCAGUCUGAAUCCGUUCUGAAGCAAAGACACCAGCUCGUGGAAGCAGGGCAGGCCCUCGCAGCACGAGAUAAGCAAGCAGUUCAAGAACGGCGACUUAGACAAGACCAGCUUGCUCUAGUUUUACGCUCACUAGUCCUACUGGAAUCACGACUUACGCGUGAGCAGAGGCAGAUACAUGUUGCUUUAAAGCAAAAAGAAAAAAUUAUCAAAACCCAACAAGAAGAAAUAAGUAAACUGAAAGCAAGAAAGUCUUACUGCAGCAAUUGUCAACAGUUACUCGGCUUCACUAGCGAACAAACCAACAUUGAGACUGACCCGGAAUUUCAGAGCUUGGAAAGCACUGACUCCAGGUUCCAGAACACAUUUGUAAGGAGUAACAGUUAUCGCGAAAGAAAUUCACCACCGGUUUUCCAAAAAAAUACUAGGCUUAGUAAAAGUUUCCAGUUGCCUAAACAUGAAAUCGUUUAUGGAAAUACUAGUUCAAGCGAAGAAGGAAAUAAUAUCAGUGUCUGCAGCAAAGGUACUUUCGUCAAAAACAAACAAGCCUUCAGCAGACGCGAUGUUUUCCGGAGAUCCAGGAAAUAUUCAGGAAGAAAGAAUAGUGCACAGAAAAGCACAAUCCAAGCUAAUCAUAGCAGCAGCGCUGAAGAAUGCGUGGGGAUGAGUUAUCAAGUGAACAAUGAUGAUAAUGAGAUGACAGCAAAUCAAAUCGCUCAAUACAUAAGAAGAGCGUCAGAAAAAAUUGAUCAAAUUAUUGGAGAAGCUGUCAAAACUGAUGACCAUAAUUCUGUUAGUGACUCAGAAAAGACUUACUCAACCAAAAUCGAAAAAUUACAUGGAAUCAAAAGACAAGCUUCAGAUGAAAUAAAAGCUAAUAGGCAACAGUUUCUCAACAAUGUUUUAAACGAAGAAAGCAAUGAGAAACCUUGGUACUGUAAUGUCAGUGAUCCUGAACAAGAUAUGGACUGCCACAUAGGAAUACUAAACACCUCAAAAUCUAAAUCGACUGAUAAUCUUUUGGACUCAGACUUCAACAUAAAUAAGAGGCACAUACACAGUGUAUCGGCAAAAAAUGAAGUGCUUUGCAAUAAUAUAUUGAAAAAUAGUUCUAGUAGUAGAUUCAACACAGACUUUGAUGACAGAAAUAAUAACAAUCAGACAGGAUUGCACAAACCAAGUAUAAAUGAAAUUAAUGAAAACUGGUAUGCAAGCACCAGCGAUGCUGAUGACACACCUUCAAACGAAAUAUAUAAAAAUAAUCCAGUUCUAGAAUGUGUUAAUCAAAUACUAUUACAAAAUUCUUUGGACGACAGCAGUAAUGACAAUUCGAAGUCUAGCGAAACGCCAAGUCCUAAGACAUCAACUAAACGAGUCCAGUUUUCAACUCUAAAUAGCAUCACGUACGAUGAUAAAGUGAGAUCUAAUGGUAACAGCCAUACUUUACCUCGUUCUGAAAAGAGAGUAAACAAAAUUGUCAAAUUCAGCUUGGAGACAGCGUCGGAACAUAGCUAUGAAGUACCGAACACAGCCCAAGGCUUUCAGUAUGAAAUACAAAGUAUUUACAGCAAUGAGUAUGAACCAAUAAUUACAAAAAGUGAUGAAUUGAAACCUGUGCCAUCUACUCGACAAAUAUCACCAAAUGAUAUACCGAGCAUUCCUAAGAUCAGAGGCUCUAUAGUUAAAAACUUAGCGGCAAACAUAGAGAAUCGAAAUAGCAUAGAGAGAACUGAUAAUGAUCUCGGCUCUAUGAAAAUAUUCAACAAAAGAAAAGUGCCACGAACUCCUCCUGCACUGCCCCCGAAACCAAAGAAUCUAUCAGCAAAAUGGAAAGCUGAAAACACUGUCAAACCAUCGAGAGAAUCAUUAGACUCUGAAGCCGUUGCGGCUAAUCAACGGGUUGCAGAUGUUAAGUUGAGAAAAGUGGGACAAGUAGCAACUGUUAAUAAUGUAGAACCAGACUACUGCUCCAUUUCAGAGAUAAAUGUUCCAGUAGUCAGUAAUGGUAAAAGAGAGUUGCUACUCACACAGCCAACGGUAGAGAUUCAUAAUGAACAAUACCCAAUCCAUGCAGUAAGUCAAAAGAAUAGUGUGGCUAAGGUUGUAUCCUUGCCACGAAUUCAAAACAAGAUCAGUGACAAGGACAUUCCAAAACUUCCUCAAGUCACUGAAAUCAUCAUACCAGAUGAAGAUGAUAAACCUAAUCAAGAACAACUAUUUCAGCAUACUACAGACAGUUACUUGACAAACUUCAAUAUUCACUCUCUGCAACCGAAAUUGGACCCUCGUGCUUCAAUCCAAAUGGGAAAUACAGUGUCUUCCAUCCUAUCAGAAAUAAAUAAAGGAGGCAAAAGUGGCAAUAAGCAAAUCAACUUGACUGAUCUCGACCAUCAGUUCAAUCAUGGGUCGGAAAAGACACAAACUCCAAAUGCUGAGUUGAAUAAAGCUGAGUAUUUCGAUGAUAUGGAUAAGUUUGAUUUGUCACAAAAUUUUGAAGAAUUCAAAAUAGACGACGAACUCACCAGCAUCGUUGCUGAGGAGUAUCGGAUCAGCUCCGGAAGUAGCGAUGGUUCUGAUGACGUAGUAACAGAACACUUACGCACCAAUGUACCUGAUAAAAAUGAUCAACAGAAAACUGUUAUCAACAAUGACAAUGGAAAUAAUGAGAAUUUUCUUGAACCAGAAAGUGCCUUAAACAAAGCGUCAGCAAAAAACUUAAAACUAUCAAAUAAACCUGAUCUCCUUUCAAACAUAGAGAAUUUAGAGACUGAAUCUGUGAGAAAUUCUGACAUAGAGUCCAGCAACUCCUCUGGAAGCAACAGUGGGUCGUAUAACACAGUGAAGUGCGAGCCCAGAAUGAUUUUGAAUAAUAAUUCCGAAAAUAAUGUGAAUAAGACUAAAGGCCCUUUCGACUUCUUCCUUGAGACAUCUGGUCUUAGUACUAAGUCUAUAUUUACGCCAAGUAAAAAUGGUAUCAGGCCGCCUAGGCCACCCAGUGCUAACCACAAGAAUGUGUUAAAACCUAAAGAUAUCAAGAUGAGAGUAAAAAAUCCAGUUACAACGAACAAAAUCAACGAAAAGCCGAUGUUGACAGCUAUUAAAUAUUUCGAACCCUAUGUUUAAGUUUUUAUUGUAAUAAAUGAUGUAAACUAUGUUAUAUUUUAAAAAUGUUAAUUUAUUUUAAAAAAAUAAUUUGCCUGCAUAAUAUUAAUGUACUAUAGUUAUACUGGUGUAAAUAUAACGAGCUAUGUAAAGUUAUUUUUCAAUUAUAAAAUAUUUAACAAUAA